CCAGAAGUGCCUCAACGCCGACUGUGUGGCUGGGUUUGCAUCACUUCUGCACCAUGAACAUGUGGCUGUGGCUUCACAGCGAUGUGGUGUGUUAUCAGAACUGGGCGGCGGGUGACGGCAACAGACCGAAAAACUGCAGCCGCGAGUGGAGAGUCGGAGACAUGCAGACGGCGGGAGAUCAGCGCUGGAUCAGCCUUCCUUCAACAUGUGUGCUCAACUUCAUCUGCUUCAACUAUGAGGAUUGAACACCUACUUUAACCUAUAAAGCCUGAAAUAAGAGUCAGAAAAAAACUAAUGUUUUGAAACAGGACAGUUUAUUGACCUCAGGCACUCUGAUUGUUUUUGGCCCCUUAUGCACACUUAUGUGUGUUGUACCUUGUGACACAUUCCUCCCAGAACCAUCAUUAAGAGAAAUUCUCUAACAGAUAAAAAGCAAUAAAUAAAACACAUAAGUGUUUUGGGGUCUUUUAUUAUUAAUAUUUGUGUAUUUUCAUUGUUCAUUGUUGUGUUUUAUCCAAGAUUUUACAGCAUUAUAUUUUAACGUUUCAAUAGAAGUUAAUUUUCAAUACAUUUAACCUGAAGAAAUCCUAUAGUUCCUGUUUGACCUGUUUGAACACACCCAUGUGAUCAUAAACUCCACCCUCUCACAACACUCACCAGGAAGAGACUGACUUAUUUCUCCAUUCUCUCAAACGGACUUUCUUCUCUCUUGACAAAAUCAAUAAAGAAUCAGCAAUCAGCGGAGAACAAAGAGGAAAAACUUCAAGAAGGAUUUUUGUGAAGUUAGUUUCUGAACAGGAAGCAGAUCCUCAUGAUUCAUUUUUAAACCAUCGUUCAGAAAGUGAAAGUAAAGUUUAGACUGCUGGAGCUCAAACAGUGAAAAUGGCUUCAGCAGCUGAAGAUGAUUAUAUUUGUCCUGUAUGUCAUGAAAUCUUCAAGACUCCUGUUCUUCUAUCAUGUAGUCACAGUUUCUGUAAAGAGUGUCUUCAACAGUUCUGGAGAACCAAGAAAACUCAGGAGUGUCCUGUCUGCAGGAGAAGAUUCUCAAAAGAAGAGCCUCCAGUUAAUCUGGCGUUAAAAAACUUGUGUGAGUCGUUCCUGAAGGAGAGAAAUGAGAGGCGUUCAUCAGGAUCUGAGGAGAUCUGCAGUUUACACAGUGAGAAACUCAAACUCUUCUGUCUGGAGGACAAACAGCCUGUGUGUUUAGUGUGUAUGAAUUCACAGAAACAUGACAAUCAUAAAUUCAGACCCAUCAGUGAAGUUGUUCCAUCAUAUAAGGAGGAGCUCAAUACAGCACUGAAGUCCUUACAAGAGAAACUUAAAAACAAAGAAAAAAUGAAAGGAGAGUUUGAGGAAACAGUUCAACACAUCAAGUCUCAAGCUGACCACACAGAGCGUCAGAUUAAACAGCAGUUUGAGAAGCUUCAUCAGUUUCUCAGAGAUGAAGAAGAAGCUACAAUCACUGCUCUGAGGGAGGAAGAGGAGCAGAAGAAGCAGAUGAUGAAGGAGAAGCUGAAGGAGAUGAACAGACACAUCUCAGCUCUUUCACACACAAUCAAAGACAUGGAGGAGAUGAUGAAAGCCAGUGACGUCUGCUUUCUGAAGGAGUUUCCAGUCUCAAUGGAAAGAGUCCAGAGCUCACAGCCGGAUCCACAGAUGGCUUCUGGAGCUUUGAUUCAUGUGCCACGUUACUUGGGCAACCUGCCGUUCAGAGUCUGGAAGAAGAUGCGGGACAUCGUCCAAAACACUCCUGUGAUUCUGGAUCCAAACACUGCAAAUCGAUGUCUCUUCCUGUCUGAUGAUCUGACCAGUGUGAGAGACAGUGAGAACAAACAACCUCUUCCUGAUAAUCCAGAGAGAUUUGACCAUUAUCUCUGUGUUCUGGGUUCAGAGGGGUUUAACUCAGGAACACACUGCUGGGAUGUGGAGGUUAAGGAGAGUAAAUACUGGAUUCUUGGAGUAACUACAGCAUCAAACCAGAGGAAGGGAGAUGAUUUCUAUAGCACUGAUGUCUGGAGUGUGUGGUAUAAUUCUACAGGACUGUCUUUAGGUUCUGGUGUUCUUGUUAAACGUAAGCUUGAUCAUGUGAGAGUGAAUCUGGACUAUGACGGAGGAACGCUGUCAUUCUCUGAUCCUGUAACUAACACACAUCUACACACAUUCACAACCACCUUCACUGACACACUCUUUCCAUUCUUCAGGUGUCUUGGGUCUCUGAGGAUCUUAGCGGUCAAUAGUACCAGUGGAGUGAAUGAGGAUCAUGUGUUCAUCAUUUCUGGUGAAACAGUCCAUCUGCCCUGUAAUAAUGAUCUUCCUGACUGCAAAUCACCUACAUGGACCUACAGUAACACAUCUAGACGUUCAGCAACAGUUGAACUGAUUGAUCGAGGGAUAAAGAAUAAAGACACAGAGAGACAUGAGAGACUGAGUCUGGGGUCUGACUGCUCUCUGAACAUCAAGAACGUCACAAAAGAAGAUCAUGGAUUAUACACCUGCAGACAAUAUGUGAAUGGAGAACAACAAGGAACUGAUGCUAUUGAUUAUCUGCAUGUUCUUCAUGUUUCAGUGUCUCCAUCAUCAUCAUCAUCAUCAUCAUCCUCACAGACUGAGAUCAGUCCAGGUCGCUCUGUGACUCUCUCCUGUCAGAUGUAUUCAUUUGCUGGAUUCUCCUGUGAUCAGUGGAUCCGUUCUGUGGGACUUCAGCUGUUGUGGGUGAAUCAGGCUGGUGUUGAUCUGAAGACAGACUCCAGAUAUCAGAUAUUAUUCUCAUCAGAUCACUGUAACAUCACUCUGACUACAACACUCCUGAAUGAAGAUGACAACAGAGAGUGGAGAUGUCAGCUUACUCUCAGAAAUAAACCCAAGACCUCAGUCAGAUACACUGUCAAGUAUUCAGCAUCAGAAACUGAAGUCAGUGUGACUGCUGGAUCAUUAUUCAGAGUGAUUGUGAUUAUUGUUGAGAUGGCAGUGUUUGCUGCUCCUACUGUGAUUCUUCUUCAGAUCAUCUGUGCAAGAAGAGCUGGGAGGAAGGACUCAGAGGAAAUAGAGAUGCCUACAAUAUUACAAUAAAAUACUGCUGAGUUUGGAGACCAUCUGAAACAAGAUUUAAAACAGCAAAAACUCACAGAGGAUUGUUCAUUGUUUGAUUUUCUUCUUCUCAGAAAACAGAGAAAAACUCCCUGAAGAAAUAGUGACACCAUCAAGUUUAGAUUCAAAUAUCUUGUACAAAUAAAAGGCCAGAUUUAUGUUCAUUUAUAUGGUUUGAUGGAUAUUUUCCUACAGUGUUGAAUGUCAUUUUCUUGUGUUUCAUAUAUAAACUGCUUUAAAUAAAAUAUUAAAUACAGUAAUGGACAGACUCACGUUUAUUGCGAUCUCAGAUUCACGUUUAUUGCGAUCUCAGAAUUCAGGCCAGUUGAUAAUACCCAGAAUAUCAAAAUCAACUGAA